GUGUUCAUCAUUCUAUUUUACUUGUGAAUCAGAAUGGUGAAUGCAGCAAUCAGGCUGGUUCCACCAGGCUAGUGUUGCUCAGCGUGCACGGCACCCAGCCGCCACAGGAGUCGCUAGCGCGUGAUGGGACAAGGACAUCCCUGCCAGCCAAACCCUCCCCUAACCCGGACGACGCUGGGCCAAUUGUGUGCCGCCCCAUGGGUCUCCCGGUCACGGCCGGCUGCGACAGAGCCUGGACUCAAACCCAGAAUCUCUAGUGGUACAGCUAGCACUGCGAUGUAGUGCCUUAGACAACUGCGCCACUCGGGAGACCUUUUAAGGGAAACAUGUUUGCUGAUUGGCAAGGCUCUUAUAGUCAGUCUUUAGUGGUCUAACCUGUAAACAGAUUCUAUCCUUUCUGAUUCUGACAACAAUAGGCCUUUACACACCUACACCUUUCAACCCACAUAUGCAUAGGAUGCUUUACGACGCCCUCCUUGCUGCAGUGUGUGAGUGAGCUCAACCAUACGGAGACAAGCUUGUGUUUCUAACAGCAGUGGGCAGUGAUGUUCUCAGUCAAACACACACAAGCUGCUGCCUCCCUCCUGUCUUCUGGCACUGGGCUCUCGUUGGCUGCUUGGCACAGGGGCCUGCUGGCAACGCAGCCAGCUCCUUUUAUUCCAGUGGACGCAGAUGAUUGAAUGGCUGCACUGAGGAGAAUGCCAACACCAGUUCCUGCUGCUCCCACUCUGUGAGGGCACUGUUGGUUCCACUGCUACUCAGAGCCCUCUAUUGGAUGGGACCCAAGUCCAAAUACAGCAGUCUCUCUGUAGUCUCAGACAGUUAUGGAUGCAUGUGUUUAGCAGUGGGCCUUUAAACAUGCAGGAUCACUCCUCCGAGGGUCUCACUCUCAGCGCACACAGGGCCUUUAUAUGGGCCAUGCUGCUUAACCAGCAUUCUGUCUUCUAAAGCUGGUAAACAGAUGAAGCUGGCCAUACAUAACACCGGUGGUGAAAAAAGUACCCAAUUGUUAAGUAAAAGUAAAAACACCUUAAUAGAAAAGUCACCCAGCAAAAUACUACUUGAGUAAAAGUAUUUGGUUUUAAAUAGACUUUAGUAUCAAAAGUAAAAGUAUAAAUCAUUUCUAAAUCCUUAUAUAGAUUAAGCAAAUCAGAGGGCACAAUUUUCUUGUUUUUCUAUUUAUUUACGAAUAGCCAGGGUCACAUCCUAACAUUCAGACAUCAUUUAUAAACAAAGCAUUUAUGUUUAGCGAGUCUGCAGAUCAAAGGCAUUAGGGAUGACCAGGGAUGUUCUCUUGAUAAGUGUGUGAAUUGGAUAAUUUUCCUGUCCUGCUAAGCAUCCAAAAUGUAACAAUAUUUUCUUUAGGAAUGUAGUGAAGUAAAAGUUGUCAAAAAUAUAAAUAGUAAAGUACAGUACCCCAAGAAUUACUUAAGUAGUAUGUUAAAGUGAUUGUACUUGAGUACUUUACACCACUGCAUAACACCGUUAGUCACUCACCGCCCUAAGUCAAAACAAUUACAUUUCUAGUCCAAAUGGCCCUGCUUUGCCCUGAUUCUGACUAACGUCUCCCUGCGUGGCCCUGACUCUGACUAACGUCGCCCUGCGUGGCCCUGACUCUGACUAACGUCUCCCUGCUUGGCCCUGAUUCUGACUAACGUCUCCCUGCUUGGCCCUGAUUCUGACUAACGUCUCCCUGCUUGGCCCUGAUUCUGACUAACGUCUCCCUGCUUGGCCCUGAUUCUGACUAACGUCUCCCUGCUUGGCCCUGAUUCUGACUAACGUCUCCCUGCUUGGCCCUGACUCUGACUAACGUCUCCCUGAUUGGCCCUGACUCUGACUAACGUCUCCCUGCUUGGCCCUGAUUCUGACUAACGUCUCCCUGCUUGGCCCUGAUUCUGACUAACGUCUCCCAGCUUGGCCCUGAUUCUGACUAACGUCUCCCUGCUUGGCCCUGACUCUGACUAACGUCUCCCUGCUUGGCCCUGACUCUGACUAACGUCUCCCUGCUUGGCCCUGACUCUGACUAAAGUCUCCCUGCUUGGCCCUGAUUCUGACUAACAUCUCCCUGCUUGGCCCUGAUUCUGACUAACGUCUCCCUGCUUGGCCCUGAUUCUGACUAACAUCUCCCUGCUUGGCCCUGAUUCUGACUAAAGUCUCCCUGCUUGGCCCUGAUUCUGACUAACGUCUCCCUGCUUGGCCCUGAUUCUGACUAACGUCUCCCUGCUUGGCCCUGAUUCUGACUAACGUCUCCCUGCUUGGCCCUGAUUCUGACUAACGUCUCCCUGCUUGGCCCUGAUUCUGACUAACAUCUCCCUGCUUGGCCCUGAUUCUGACUAACGUCUCCCUGUGUCCGUCUGACCUGCCUCACCGGUGCCCCAGGUGUUAAGCUGGAGCCCUAUUUAAAAUAGCGACAAAGCUAAUCCAAGAAUAGCCUGUGUUGAUUUAGGGGGUUUGAUUAAAUUCUAAAUCUUGUGACAUCCAGUGGGUGCGUAUCACCUACGGCCUUGAUCUACACCCACUGGGGGCGAUGCACCAUCUGUUGAAGGAUGGCUAGAUGGGUUUCUUAGGCACUUUCUGUGUGUGUGCUGUGUUCUUGGAGGUAGGACAUAUUGCCUUUGGAAAUGUAUAGGCUGUCUAAAUGUUAUCGCUGGUGGGUGUUAAAAAUUUAAGAUAGUGAAUAGUCCAGGAGAGACUGUAAUCCAAUCUCUGAGUAUCUUUACUUAGCGUUAACAAAACAAAACAAGAGGGAAUGAGUUACUCCCUGUUUAACAUGACCAGUAGAUUAUUAUUAGAUCUACAAUACUGUAUUGAUGUGAAAUGCGCCCUCUGCUGGUCAAGUUGUACACUGCAUUGCAUGGUAUUUAGUCUUCCUACAUUUGGUCUCAUAAUGUAAAACGCAGGGUUGUUUAUUCAAAGGGGAAAUGGAGCUGCACGAAAGGUUGCGUAACACAUAGUUGAGUAUUGAUCACAAUAUUGAUCAGAUGUAUAUGUCCCUGUAGUAAUACCAAUCAAUUGCCUUUAGGCCAAGUUAACAAAGGUCCUGGAUAUUUAGACUAGAGCUAAAGGACCAAAUGGCAUUAGAGCAGGGUAUUGAAGCAGUGCUCUUAGUAAAAGCACUAUGAUCUGUAAUAUUGCUCAUAUCAGGGUUCUGUCUGUAGAGCUUUACUAUACUGUAGUAGGCUUGAUUACCAACAACGACGAGACGGCCUACAGGGAGGAGGUGAGGGCCCUCGGAGUGUGGUGUCAGGAAAAUAACCUCACACUCAACGUCAACAAAACAAAGGAGAUGACCGUGUACUUCAGGAAACAGCAGAAGGAGCAACCCCCAUCCACAUCGAAGGGACAGUAGUGGAGAGGGUAGUAAGUUUUAUGUUCCUCGGUGUACACAUCACGGACAAACUGAAUUGAUCCACCCACACAGACAGCGUGGUGAAGAAGGCGCAGCAGCGCCUCUUCAACCUCAGGAGGCUGAAGAAAUUCGGCUUGUCACCUAAAGCACUUACAAACUUUUACAGAUGCACAAUCGAGAGCAUCCCGUCGGGCUGUAUAACCGCCUGGUACGGCAACUGCUCCGCCCACAACCGUAAGGCUCUCCAGAGGGUAGUGAGGUCUGCACAACGCAUCACCGGGGGCAAACUACCUGCCCUCCAGGACACCUACACCACCCGAUGUCACAGGAAGGCCAUAAAGAUCAUCAAGGACAACAACCACCCGAGCCACUGCCUGUUCACCCCACUAUCAUCCAGAAGGCGAGACUAUGCUAUGAGGACAGGGCCCAGCGAUGACUGAUGUGGAGCCUGUUGUCACCGACUUUGCAGCCACGGGGAGGACUGGCCGGAGGAACGCUGUACCUGAUAUCGUUGAGGCGGGGCCUGCUGACCUGUCAGACAAACUAGCAGAGCUUUCUGUUGUAGAUGAUGGAGAAGGAGGAGAGGGCUCGUCCUCUGGAAGCCCAACGAAGAGUCCUACAGAGGGUGAGGAGAAGGCAGAGGGGACGUAAUUGGGCCUUGGUCUCUGGCUAACUGACUACGAGAGAAGAUGGAGAACAAGAGAGAGACUGUCUCUAACAUGGAACACUUCUCCUCAAACAAACCCCAUUGACCAGACAACUGUAAUCGCCAUGCACCGUGCUAUGCAACAUCAGGACACCUAUGAUGAAAACUUAUAGAGCUGUUGGAUGAUGAAGGGAAGGGAGAGCUCUGUCGCUAGGAAUGAAGUGGUUGUUUCUUUGUAGCUUUAAGGGGGUAUUCAUUCAAGAUUACCCAUAAUUCAUUACAUGUACGGUGAAUGAGCCUGCAUUUAUGUCUUGUUCAUCUUAGCAUAUGCAGUGAACUGGUGAAGUGGCUGACAGUUGGGCAUGACUCUGAAAAAUGUCAUUUCAUAUUUGAGCGAGAGUGACUUGUACAUACGUUGCAUACAGAGGUGUUCCAAUGAAAGCAUUUUCUCAGAAUGUCAACAUGUAGUUGCAGGAAUGUCUCUUUGCACAACAAAAGUAUAAACAUUCCAUUUGGUGAUGUAAGUACAAUUUUUAUCUUAUAAUUGUGAUUUAUUAGUGUGCUACAGUGCAAACCUCUACUGUGUGUUUUUUACUGUUAAAAUCAACAUUAUUAACAACUGAGUGAAUAGAAGUAAAAAAUAUAUGUAUUUUCGGUCUGUAAAUAUAGUUUUACAUUAUAUUUGCCUCCCUGUAAAGAUGCAUUUCAAUGUCCACUGCAGCUAAUAAACAUGAUCCUCUACGUA